CUCUCCCAAAAAAAGUCCAUGAACUGGCAUCACACAGGUCAGACAAAAUUUCUCUCUCCACCAUCCCCUCCCUAUCCCUCUCUCAAGCUCCAAUCCGACCACCCGCCGUUGUGCCCACAUCUGCCGCCGACGCCGUCCCCCCCACCGCCAUCGCCGCUUCCCCCUCUGGUUCUCUCCACCGCAUCGCGUCUACCCCGUCCGCAACCUUGACACUGACUGGUAUUCGAGUUAAAACUACUUGCACAAUGAGAGUAGAGGACAGAAAGAGAUCCUUGACGGUCGCCCCCUUCGAGUGCGUGUGGGGCGAGGAGUUCCGUUUUGCCGAGGCCGGCCGCGGGUGCAUCGCGUUCGAGGCGUCUGCUCAGAACGAUGUCACCCUGGUGUUCCGCGAGCAGCUUGGGAGCCAGCACUACCACUACAGGAUGGACAGCGCUCGUCAUUACACCGUCAUCUUGGGCAGCCAUAGGAACAAAAGGUUGAAGAUCGAAGUGGACGGAAGGACCGUUGUCGAUGAAGCUGGUAUCGGGUUAUGCCGCUUGUCGUCUUUCCAGAGCUACUGGAUCAGCAUCUACGAUGGAUUGAUAAGCAUUGGGCAAGGAAGGCAUCCAAACAACAACGUCCUGUUCCAGUGGCUUGACCCUGAUCCCAACCGAAGUGUUCAGUACGUGGGGUUGUCCAGCUGGGACAAGCACGUGGGCUAUCGAAAUAUAAGCGUGCUUCCAUCAGCUCCUCAGAACAGCAUCCUUUGGAGCCAAAUCGAGUAUGCUUAUGCUGAACGGCAUGGGGAAGGAGGCCAUACCAAAAACGAAGAACCAAAAGAUGGCUGCGAGCAAAGGCUAAUUUCAGACUUUCUUGAGAGCUGGGAUUUCUCUGAUGCUAUAUUUGUUGUUGGCACUGAAAGGAAGGUCAUCCCUGCGCACAAAAUUGUCUUGGCCGCUUCCGGAGAGUUUGAUUUUAGCUCAAUGAAUGGAUCUACCAUCGAGCUUCCGUCAGUGUCCUACCCAGUUCUCCACUCUCUUCUUGAGUAUAUCUAUGCAGGUUCUACUCAGAUUGCAGAGUGGCAUCUGGAUUCACUGCUGGAGUUGAGCUUACAAUUUAAAGUUGAACCGUUGGUAAAACGUUGUGAAGAAAUGCUGUACUGUUUGACUAAGAUUGGUAACAAACUCUCUGCUUCUAGCAACAACUUACAAGUAUCAAGUAGUGGAUCUCAAGCUCAUCAGGUUGGCUAUUUCCCUUUCAAGGCUCCAGUGUGUGUGCAAAAAAUUAAACAGUUCCUUGCAAGUGGUGAACAUAGUGACAUAAAUAUCUUUGUUACUGGACACGGUCUAGUUGCCCAGGCUCACAAACUCAUCCUUAGCUUGUGGAGCAUGCCAUUCACCAAGAUGUUCACAAAUGGGAUGAAAGAAAGCAAAGCUCCGAAUGUAUUUUUCGAAGAUGUUUCUGCUCAAGCGUUUUCUCUCCUCCUUCAGUUUAUGUACAGUGGGGAACUCAUAGUCGAUAACCGGUAUAUCACUUCAGUUUUGGUUCAGCUGCUCUUAUUAUCGGAUCAGUUCGGCAUCACUGUUCUUCAGUUUGAGUGCUGUAAAAAAAUUAUGGAAUUCCUUUCAGAGGACACAGUAUGUUCAGUAUUACAAGCAGUGUCAUCAAUCGCGUCUUGUAAAUUGCUUGAAGAAAUUUGCAAGCGGAAAUUUGCAACGCACUUUGAUUAUUGCACAACUGCUUGCACGGACUUUGUGUUGUUAGAUGAGGCAACAUUUAAGGAUAUUCUUCAGCAUGUUGAUAUGACUGUGACGUCGGAAGAGAAGGUUCUGGAUGCCAUCUUAACAUGGUGCAUGGAGGCUUCUGAAACUUGUUACUGGAAUUCUGUAGAUAAACUAUUAAGCACUUCAACACCAGAGCAACUCUUUGGGGAGAGGCUUACCACCAUCAAUGAUUUACUACCACUUGUGCGUUUCCCUCUAAUGCAGCUGUCUCUCCUUCAGCGGAUGGAAAAAAGUAACCUUGCAAAGCACAUACAACUGUUCGGAAAGUUGGUUGCUGAAGCCGUUGAGUUCUCCAAUGCUGGACCAAGGAUGCCAACAGCAAACAAAUGUGAGAGAUUUCUACAUAGACGCUCAAGUUAUAGGGAGCUUCAGUAUAUUUCGGAUGGUGAUAACAAUGGUGUAAUCUACUAUGCUGGGACUUCAUUUGGGAAGCACCAAUGGAUCAAUCCUGUUCUGGCCAAGAAUAUCACUGUAAUGGCAAGCAGCCCAAAUUCAAGGUACACAGAUCCGAAGGUUCUUGUUUCAAAAAAUUACCAGGCGACUUGCUUUGCUGGGCCUCGUGACGACGAUGGCAAGAAGUGCUCUUGGUGGAUGGUAGACAUUGGACAGGACCAUCAGCUUAUGUGCAACUACUACACAGUGAGGCAGGAUGGCUCCAGAACGUUUAUGAGGUCUUGGGUUCUUCAGGGAUCGAUGGACGGUGAGAACUGGACAAGCCUUGGUGUCCAUGAAGACGAGCGGACCAUUUGCCAUCCAGGCCAGUUUGCGUCAUGGCCAAUCACUGGCCCAUCGGCGCUGUUGCCCUUCCGGUUCUUCAGGCUUGCUCUGACAGGCCCAACGGCCGGUGUGUCGAACAACUGGAAUCUCUGCAUCUGCUUCCUGGAGCUCUACGGCUACUUCCGCUAGACGAGGCUGGGUUACAGUGUACAUGGAAGUUUACUCUUACUUGGUUUUGUUACAUGUAAAGAUCUAGCCAGCCAAGCAUGUGAAAAGAUGAUUUCGAACCAGAUGUUACAGAGAAGGACAAGACUAUCAACUGUUACACACAAACAGCUCUAGCUUGAGCACCCAAAUAGGCAGAAGCAUACACACAGUUUGAAAGCAUAUAUCUGAGUGGAAUAAAUGUAUCAUUUUCUGUUUAUUUUGCUUACACCGAAAUGCUGUUAUGAUGGAAGUGGAAUUGUAAAGCUGAGAUGUUGCUACAAGUGUUAAUAUAUCUUUGCUUUUCUUGGCUUGAA